AUGGAAACUAAAGAACGGCACAAACGUUACUUCUGCUCUUUUAAUGGCUGUUCGGCUGCUUAUAACAAACAGUGGAAACUGGACGCUCACAUUUGUAAACACACGGGAGUAAAGCCGUUCUCUUGCGAGCACGAAGGGUGCGACAAGUCCUUCUGCUCCCCCUACCACCUCUCGAGACACGAGCUCAGCCACACCGGCGAGAAACCGUUCGUCUGCGACGUAGAUGGCUGUACGGAUGCCUUCGCCACCGACGCAAACCGGAGGAGACACAUCAGCCGUAUCCACUCCCAGGAUCAGCCCAAAUAUGUCUGCAAAUACGAGAGCUGCGGCCUGAGGUUCAAGAAACACAAGCAGUUGAAGUCCCAUGUGUGUGAGCAGCACUCUCAGCUGCCUAUUUACAAGUGCACAUACGAAGGUUGUGAGAUGAGAUUUGCCUUCCCCAGCAGGCGGAAGCGACACGAGAAGGUGCACAAAGGGUACUCCUGCGAGGAGCAGCACUGCGCCUUCACGGGUAAAACCUGGACAGAACUACUGAAGCACAGGAAGGACCAGCACAGGUCUGUCAUCAAGUGUGAUCAGUGCAGCAAGGUGUUCAGGGACUCCUGGUUCCUGCAGCAGCAUCAACACGUCCACUCAGAGACGAGAGUGGUCUUCAAGUGCCCAAGAGAUGGCUGUGAGAGGUCAUACACCACUAUGUUCAGCCUACAGAGUCAUGUCAACUCCUUCCACGAGAACCUGUGCCCCUUUGUCUGCACCCACGAUGGCUGUGGGAAGGCGUUCGCUAUGAAGCCAAGUCUCCAGCGACACAGAGUCAUCCACGACCCAGAGAGGAAGAAGCUGAACCGGGCCUGGCCUAAGAGAUCUCUUGCUUCCAGGUUAAGUGGUUACAGUGACACAAAGAGAGUGGUCAGAAAGAAGCACAGGGAGCCCAUGUCCCAGAAAACAACAACAGACCAGCCGGGUCCUCUUGAGUUGGUGUCUCUGCUGCAGGACACAUCUUUGAUAUGCAACACUGCUGUGGACACUCAGGGACUCACAGAUGCUCUGACUUCACCCUUAUCAGUUUAAUCUGUUCCCACCAUGGCCCGAAAGACUCCCACGCAUUUUUGUGGGUUUAGAUGUAGUCUGUGUGUCACAUUUGUUAAAUAUUUGAAGACAAGGUAAAAGUAAAGACUGGUGGCUGCCACCUCCCAGGACGAACGUUUCAGGGAAACUUUCAUAACAUGAAAAAUGUGAUAUUUGUGGUUUACAGAAGAAAUUAUAUUUGUUUGUGCAGUGUUCAGAUUGUAUUAUUCAGGUGCUUCAUCUAUGUGUCAUGGAAAGAAGUAGGAUAAAUUGCACUUUUCAUUAAAAAUGUUUGCUCAA